AUGGUGGUGGACGCGAACAGCGUUAGUUCUGUACAACCCGAAUGGAUGGAUCAAGAUAUCAAUGUAAAAUAUAAGCCCUCAGAAUGGAUUUCAAAGGAUGAAUUCACUUUACCAACAUCUGCUGAAUUGUGCCUCUUGGUCCCUAUGCGUGAUGAAGGUUCUACAGACGUUGGUGAUGACAAUAUGAUAACUGAUCUGAAUACUGUUGGAAAAUACAUUGUCCUACACAAGAAUGACAUCAUCGAUGUAGAUGGAGAAAAAAAUAUGUUGAGCAAACGUGAUGGAAAUUAUUCAGAUUUCACAAGUAUGCCCGAAUCAAACGGUCGAAAUGAACAGGGUCAUCGUCGAGUUCUAGUUCGAGUUUCAAGAGCCUUACUCUCUGGGAAUGAGGAAGAUUUAAAAGUUUCUUCUCUUGGCUCGGAGCACUUCUUAACGUUACCACAUCGGCAUCCACAUCAUGCUCAAAUUGACCUGGAAGCACGCGCCGAUGAAAACCAACUUAUUCGUGUUGGAUCGUCUGGAAGCAUCAAUACAAUAGUAGCUGAUAACUCGCGACGAACUCGUUCUGUGAUAACAGUUCAAGCUACUAACAAGGGACUAGCUGCAGCUAGAUUCAGGGUUAAAGCUAGAGAUUGUGGACCAGAAAUGGCAAGUUUACUUAAUCAGAAAGAGAGUGAGCUUGUGGCUGGUCCCACUCUGUUGCCACCUCGACAUACGCAGCGUUUUCAUCUUGAAUUACCCACAGAACUUCCCGUUGACGUAGUGCAUUGUUCAGUGGCAUUAGUAAAUGAUGAUGAAGAAUCAGUCGCUGUGAGAGAUGUCGCUAUUAAGAAAGGGGAUCGGUGCUUUUGCGUCUGGCAUUGUGACUGUGUUUGUCUCAAUGAAGAUCCAAAGUUGGUAUGCCGAGAAAUGGCAGAUGCUCGACAAGUGGCCGCUGGACUUUCACCCCGCGAACGAAGCCGCCGGGCCCGGUCUGUCUGCUACCCCGAUGUCGUGUCCUUGAAUUUAUUCGUGGUAGCAGUGGGUGUGCUCAUGGCCUUAUUGUUACUUGGACUAGCAAAAGCCUGUUUAGGCUUGUUCUGCCGAUGCGUAGCUAAGUGGGGCUUGGACAAACUAAUUCAAAUGCCUCGCAAACUGGACCAUUAUUAUGAGCCUGGCCUGAGCGGCCGCUGCGUCGUCUACGAUGAUGAAGGUUGGCCAGUACAUCCUGAUACCAAGAGACGCAGCGUUCGUCUAGUACCUAAAUUAGUGGAGUUCAUAUUGAACAUAAUAUUUUUUAUCACGGUGCCGUGUAUAAUGCUGCGCGAUGCCGUAACGCAGUUGCUAUGUCGGUCCUCACCGCGUCAAUGUGGCGCCGCUCCAGAUGGGAGAGAUGACCAAAAAUGCUUCAGCACUCAUGACAUGCAGGGCCUGCAGCAGCGGUGGCGCCGGCGGCGCGGCGGGCUGCGGCGGUGGAUGACUCCGCAAGCCGAGGACCUCUCGACUGACAUUUGGAGCAAAGGACUUGCUACACGAAAAUCUGUUGAAUGUGAAUUUAUGCGACCUUUGCUACAUGAACGACAUCAUAGGACUGGCGAAAUUGUCUCUUCGUGCGUGGACUCGGAACAAGACGACACCGAAUACGUUCUCAGGCAAAUGCAGAAGAGCAAAGAGUCACUAGCAAGGAGCCAAAAGAAAUUGAAUGAAUCGGGACCGUCAUCCGCACGAAAGCCGCUGAAUACUGAAAAUAAGUUAUCGCGUACCAUAAUCCGUCAAAAUUAGAUAAAAUAUUUAUUUGCUAUUGGUUACAUUACAUUCUUGUAUUAGGU